CAUGUUAUUAUAGGCCUUAGAAUAUAGAUAGAUUAUUAAUGUUCUAAGCUAUGGAUCUAAUUAUUUAAAUUGGAAUUAAUUUUGAGCUAGCAGAGACACCUAGAAAUGAAGGCAGGAUUUUCUCGAAUCCAUUACAGGAAACUGUAAUAUUUUCGUACGAAAUGGAACAAAUUGAAUUUUUCAUCAAUUGAUGAGCCAUUGUCAUAAAAUCAAAAUAAUUGAAUCCAAACAAAUCAAUUGGUAACAUUCACAGGACUAGAAUGUUCAAAAAAAUACUAUUUUGAGCAUUAAAAACACAUACUUAUGGGACUGCGAAAGACAUUGAUGACAAACAAUUUUAAGUUAGAAGGCUAUAAAUAAUAAUCUUUCGUAAUUAGACAUUGCAGACAUUUUAUUUUGCAAAGUGAAUACUUAAUCUAUCAUCAAAAGGUAUCUAGGAAAGAGAAUGGAGGAAGAAACUACAGGCUUUAAUUCGGAGGCUAUAGAAACUAGUAUUACAAACUCUUGGAUAAUGCCAAAUUCAGAUACUUCAGAAACUAGUACUACACACUCUUGGAUUAUACCUAAUUCAAAGACUUCAGACAGUAGCUCUACGAACUCUUGGAUAAUGCCUAAUUCAGAGACUUCAAAAACUAGUACUGCAAACUCUUGGAUAAUGGCAAAUUCAGAGACCUCAGAAACUUGUACUACACACUCUUGGCUAAUGCUCAACACAAAUAAAUCUGCAAAUCCUAGAGUUUGGAAUGCAGACCAGAAAAAAAUAGAAAAAGCAGAAACAUCCAAAGGAAUACAAAAUACAACUGAUUAUUCCAAUAACAAAUCAGACUCGGAAUCAGAUGGCAUAAGUAUCAUCAGUGAAAAUGAGUUUUAUCAAAUUACAAAUGAAGAUGAUAGUUCUAUGGACUUCAGUGACGAAAAUACAGUAGAUAACAUUACAACUUGGAAACCUCUUGAAUUACAAUCUGAAAGUUUACAGCCUCUAUGCUCCCUUAAAAGAUCCACUGGUAAAAAAGAAACUACAAAUACUGCCACUAUCACCGAAGUAGAUGACGAAAAUAAAAAACAAUACUUGAUUUCAAAUAAUAAUUCAAACAGACAAACAUUCAAACAUGACAAAUAUCUCUCAGAUCUGAACUUUCUCGAUGCUGACAAUGAAGAUUGUCCAAAUAUAAUUUUUGGCAAAGGAUAUAUUACUUGCUUUGUUUGUACAAUUUUAUUAGCUAUUGUAGUAUCUUGUAUUUCAUCAAACACCAGACAGACUAGUGAUCUUGAGAAAAAAAAUAAAGAAAAUGAGGGCAUGAGAUACGAUCAAUUUCUGGAUUCACUCAUACAUGAAUAUUGUGAAGAUAUUUCUGAGAGUACAGAUGAUACAUUUGAUGAUCUUAUGGAAAAAUGCUUGGAAAACCUUAUGAAACAAUUUGAAAUGGCUAGAAAGAGAAAAGAGAAUAAUCCUAAACAAAAAUUUGAAAUUGUUCUUGAUAGUAAAAAUAAUCGCUUCAAUGAUGAACAUACAAUAACAGAAGGUUCCUGGUACAUGAACCUAGUUCAAGCUAGAAACGACAUUAGAAAAAAAGAUGGAAAAGCUAGAUGGUGGUUUGACCGUGUCAACUACCGCAAAAAUAAGAGAAACAAAGCUUACUGGUACUUCCAAUAUAUGUUGAAUAGAGAGAAUUUGAGAUAUGACCAACGUAUACAAUAAGUGCGUUUGAAUUUAUAUAUUUAAAAGUAUACUAUAUUCAGUUUGAAAAUAUGAUCAGUGUGAUGAAUAUAUUUUUUAUUCUAUUGAAAUUUUGGAAAGAAAUAUAUAUCAGAAUUAAAUGGUGAUAAUAAAUAUUUUCUGCAUGUUUAA